AAAAUGAACAGAUGUUUGUUGGUCCUUUUGCUGACUUUGUACCAUGCAGAAGGGUGGAUCUCGGACACCAGACGGAGUAGACUAGGGAGUGUAGAAUCUGAUGGAAGAACAAGUAAAGGGGGCCUAAUGGCAAACUUUGAACUGAAACUGAAAGGCACAGAAGAGAUAAAUGGAGGCACAGUGACUAGAUUCGAAGUGAAGAUCAAUGACAGGGCAACCAAAACAUUGGAAGGAACUGAGGAUUUCAGACUGAAUUUAAAGGAUAACAAAGAAGAGAAGAGAAAAUCAAAGUCCGGUUUCAGAUUAGAAUCAAAUGACAACAAUGUUACGGGGAAAAGAACAGUGGACGAUUUCAAACUAGACUUGGAUGAUAAAGACCACAAGCAUGAACAUAAAGAUCACCACGCCCCUACAAACCCCUCUCAGUCUGCCCCUCGGCCGUACCAGACAGGGACAGAGGAACAGAAAUGUAUGGUGAUCGUCAGGAGAACCUUCCUGGAGAAGGAGAUGGUCAUCUACCCGUGCUUUCGACCCAUCAGAGGGGUCACCCCUGUCUCAGCCCACCAAAGCUCACUAGGUAUGGUGUGUAGAGGCUACACCACUAUUCCCAGCACUAAAUACCUCCGGAUGUCCAUUUGUUGUCCGGGAUGGUACUCAGACCAGCAGGGACGCUGUACAAUGAAGGUAGACGACCGAGGCCGAGAGUCAAAGAUGCCAAGGUUGAGCGCACCUGUUCAGGAAGAUAAACCUAAGAACCUUAAAUCUCUUCCUAAAUACCCGGCAUCUUAUGACAACCAAAGAUAUGGUCCAAUGAUGCGCACGCAGCCUCCACCAGACAGGUGGACACCAAACAACAUGGCAAUGCGCAGGAUCCAAAAGAUGAUGGAGCAGAGAUUGAGGUUGAUAGAAAUGAUUGAAAGAAAGAUGAGAGAACGUGAACAGUCUGUUUCUACUGUUCCCCCAGUUCCUCAAUCUCCGGUAGGAAAACUUUUCCCUGCCGUAGGAAAAUUUAUAACAGUGAGCAAGUCUUUCAUUCCUGCACGGAAAGGUAUGUCAACACCACAACAGACCAAGAUAUCACAAAUACCCAUCCGUCAACAGCCUGCCAGACAGGUACCCAGAAUUCCAAAGCCACAACAACAAAAACCACAACUCAUUAUCUCACAGAAAAAGAGCUUUGUACAGAUUCCACGACCGUCAACCCCACAAUUCUCUCCUGUCAGACAGUCCACACGUGUUCAUAUCAACAUGCCAAAUCCUUUCCCACAAAUUCCUCAACGUCCACCAAUGCAACAGCGACAAAUGCCUCAGAUUCCACGCACACCAGAUCGACGCUUCCAGAUGAUGCCAGCAAAUGCUCCAAUGAACACACACUCACAAUUCCCCAGAAUCCCUCCCCAUCCCAUGUCUCAGCUCCUUCAGCGUAUGGGUCAAGACAGGGGGGUGUUCCUGCCAAGGGUUCCUGUCCAGAUGCCACCAGUUCAGGUUCAACCAGGACCCAACCUUGGUUUCCCUUCACCUCCACCAUGUUUCGCUGCCUAUCUCGACGUGGUUCAAUCCUGUUUUAAGGAGUCGGGUGUCGAGAUGCCCCCAGAUCAUGGCAUUCUUAAUGGAGACUAUAAUUACCGGGGCGUCUGUCAGGAGAAGAUUCCUAUUGCUGAUUGUAUAAAACGUUCUGUUCAUCCAUGUUCCACACUCCAGGAACAUAUGUUAGUCCGAACCACAAUGGUCAACACCCUCUCUGAGAUUGAUAGGAUCUGUCGUAUCGACAAUAUUCGAGGUAUUGAGCACCGUAUGUCAGCUGGAGACGAUAUCACUCCGCCGCCGACAGAGCUUCCACAGGACAACACACACAUGCACGGUGACGUAGUCCACAGCCACCCACACGACCAUCCACACGAUCACUCACACGGUCAUUCACACGAUCACUCGCACGAUGAUCAUGAACAUCUUCCACUGGACACUCCACUCCAUGAGAACACAAUUCAGGUGCAACCAGCUACAGAACCCUCAACAGACGGAAUACAGUUCCUUAGACCUUCAGAUCAAAUCAAACCUGAACCAGUAAUAGACGACAAGCAAGACAUUGCAACUGAAAUAAAGAAUGAAAUCAAACCUGAGAUCAAACAAGCCAUCGAUGAGGCGAAGAAAGACGAAAGUGUUAUGGUGGAACUUACCAAGAUGAUCGAAAACAAUGUGGAUGGACAUGGUCAUGCCCAUCCUCAUAUACAGCACACUCAUGGUGACAUCACACAUGAGUAUUAUCUUCCAAUCCUUAUCGGUACAGCCAUCGGUGUUGCCGCCAUCUUCCUUCUUCUGCUUGCUAUUCUUUGUGUUUGUUGCCGAAGAAGAAUCAAGAAGAAAGUUUAUGUUGAAAAAGAACCCGAAAAACCAAAGUUGUUCGAGGGAAUCUACACUAUUGGAGUGCCUCCUCCAGUUUAUGAAGUGAACGGUAUUCCUCCAUUGUCGUAUGAAGAAGUCCGAGGGGUUAAAAUUACGGGUUCACCGUCUUCUGUUAGACGUCAUAAUGACGCAAACGACGAGGUUGAGUACAGCUCGCGCCGUGGAGUCGUGUCAGACAUUUAAGUGAAAACGAGGCUAGUAGUCAUGACGAACAGUGCUAUUUCUUCAACCUUCCCAAAGUUUUCGUUUUACUGAUGUAGAGCAAGAUUUAUUGUAAUAAUGCAAUCUCGUGAUAGAAUCUCGUCCAUUCUUGUGUGUCAAAUAACAAGUAUCUUAAUGUAUAUGCAAUGUAAUUGGUUGAAUAAAAUUCAAUAUUAUCUUUA